GCGGGGCGGUGCGGGGAGCGGAGCGGGGCGGGGGGAGCGGUGCGCGCAGCACCCGUUGGAGUUACCCCGGGGCGGUGGGACCCCCCUUAGUACCCCCUUCGGCCGCCACCUGCAAGUUCUGCUCGCCCUCCCGCCUCCCCCUUUUCCCUUCUUAUUUAUUUACACGAGCGCGAUUUUUUUUUAAAAUUAUUAUUUUUUUAUUCUCCCCCUCACCUCCCUCCCAAUAAUCCCAGCAUCCCCUGCUAGGGAGCAGCGGCGCUGGGGAGGAGGGAGGCGAUGCGAUGCCGCCAGCCCCCUGCCCGCAGCUGCGGGGAUGGAUGGAUAGAUGGAUGAAUGGAUGGAUGGAUGGAGGCAGCCUCUGGCCGGGGCACUGCAGCGGAGGCCCAGCUGCUGCCUGCGAGCAGGGCACGGGCUGGGGACGCGUGCCAAGGCUGCAGUGAGCGAGAAGGAGUAACAGGAGUGCGUGCGUGGGAGGGCAAACACACACACACACACACACACACACACAAAUACAUGUGUGCCAUCGGCGUCAAGCCUCCCCCCCCCAGCUCUGACUCCGCGUCAGACUGACCCCCCCCGGUUGAGCACUGGCUGCGGGGGGAUGUGGGCACCCACGUUGUUUGUGAGAUGGGAAUCACUGUGUUCUUGCUGGGGUGGCACAGGCUGGUGCAGCCCCGUCCUUGUGAGUUUUGCUCUCUGGGUGAGCGUGACAAGGGUGAUGGGGAGUGUGUGGCUGCUGCGGCUCUGGGCUUGCUCAGGGAGGGAGUGUGGAACGGGAGGGUGAGGCACGCGGUGCCUCGGUCCAUGGGCUGCAGUUCUGGGAGCCCUGCCUGAUUCCAGCGCUGCAGCUGGGGUCUGUUGUGUCCCCUCUAUCCUAUGAACCACUGCAUGGGCGCCAAGCACCUCUCCUCCCUGUAACAACCCCCCGUUUACCUCUGGAUCCCUCUUCCAGUAGGAAGUUCGAGCCCAUGAUAGCAUUCGAGUCACCAGGAGCCUCCAGCCCUGUGCAAACUGCAUUUCAGAUCCCCACCUACUCCCAUCCAUCCCUCUUUGCCCACCUACUCCUGUCCCUCUUUACCCAACCACAACAGGACAUGAGUCACGGGGACUUCUCAGCCCCCUUCCCUAAGGGUGUCCCACGGGUCCCUGCCUAGAAGUGGUGUUCGAGUCCAGCUGCAGCCUGUGACUUGUGAGUCACCAGCAAGACCCUGCUGCUGGAGCCAGCUCCUCUGGGAGAGCUGAAAUCUUGUAGGAUCUGCCAUUGCUUGACCCUUAGACAGCAAAGAGCUGUCUCAAAUGGGAGGGAAAACCCACAGGCUUCCCACCUUCCAGCACUCCCCCAGUUACCAGAGCUCCCUGUGCACAGCUGUAGCAUCUGUGUUGUGCUUUCAGCCUCAUGGUGGUGUUGGGAAUGCACCCUUCGGGCUGGGGAGGGAGGGGAGAGCCUGGUGUGCUGCUCUUGGGGAGCCCAUAGAGAUAUAACUCAGCUUUUGGACAAUGGCUGGGGGGAUGGGGACCUAAAAGUCCUGCAAAGGUUUACAGCCCCUCAGUGCCCUCGGGUGAUCUUGCAGCAGUGGUAAAAAAUGUGCUGCAAGGUACAGCAUUCCCUCCACGUGAGGGAGGCCAGUACCUGUAUGGCUUGUUUAUCAAUGUCCUGGAUACAGCAAUUAUUUUCUUAUGGAAGGAGUUCUGGUAGCUGUAGGUGAGCUCUCGCCUGGUUCCCAGUGCUGUGGCCCCACUGCUGCCUUCUGGUAUGGUAUGAGGCACUGCAGGAGCUCAUCUCCACCAGAGGUACGUAGGGCAUCAGCAUCCCUCCAUUCGCUUAUUGGUAAAGUUGGAAAAAGAGAGAUCUACCUGUGUGGCACAUGGAGAUCACCCUGGCAAGGUGGUCAGAAAGAGGAGGUAGAAGCCAAUGGGUGCACCUGCACUGCAGGAGCUGCCCACAGUUCUAACUCUGGGCCUCAUAUCCCCAGCAGGGGAUGGGGACAGCUGGGCUGUGGGAGUUGCUCAGUGUAUAGGCUGCAAUCACAGCUGCCCUCAGGGUCUAUAGGUAUGGAGUUGGUGUUUGUGCUUCUCCUCUGCAUUGUUUAUCCUCCUCUCCUCAUUCCCACGCACACUGUGUGAUGCACGGUGUGACUCUGCUUGGUGUCACAUUGCAUCGUGUGUCUUUAUGGGGUGGUUGUGUGAGGCUCAGGUGAGUGUUUGGGUACGUGCCACAAGGUCCUGCUGGGGAUGUUUACAUGAGCAUGGGCCCUUCUGUAGGGCUUAUGGCCAUGGUAAGCUUGGUGUGUGUACCCAGCCACAAGUAAGGGCAUCAGGAGCCACUCAGGACAGCGUGUGGGGAUACUGUUGUGUAUGUGAAGGACACUUAGUUCAGAUGAGUUUCCCUCUCUGACCCUCCCUUGCUUGGACCUGUCAGCAGGCAGAGAUAAACUCAGUCUCGUGGCAGGGCUUAUAGCUGAGUUCUCAGUGUGUUGUGUCUGAGCUUCCUCCUGUCCACUGAACAGCAUCCUCAAAGUGCAUCUGCCAUCCAAAACUAAUAUUUUUAUUUUCUUCCUUUUUUUAAAUUUUUUUUUUAUUUUUUAAUCCUCCUCAUGCACUGGAUUGUGAAAGUGGGAGGAAAGCAGCUGGGAAACACAGUGAUGGAUGGAUGGGGCACAUUGGGCCAGCUCUCAUUCCUACAGGCUGGCGAGGUUUGAGGUGGGGUUACUGGCUCUAAAAUGGGCCUUUUGUACAUUGUUGGAGUCCGUGACCCAAUCAGUGGGAUGUGGCUGGAGGAGGUGGUGCUAACGAGGACUGGCAGAGCUGACAGCAGUCAGCAGGGAAGGCAGUGGAGGGGGCACGGACUGGUACAGUGUGAGGUGCCUGGAAGGGCUAGUUCAGGCUAUCAGCCCUGCCUGUAGAGAAUCAUACCAUCAUGGAGAUUGAAAAAACCCUCUAUGAUCAUCUAGUCCAACCAUUGACCCACCGUGACCAUGCACGGUGGGGCUGCAGGGUCAGGAGUGGGGUGCUCAGGCAGUUUGGGGAGCAUGAUGUUGGCCCUGGGGAGCGCCCCAUGGCUGAGCUGGGGGUUGCCACUUCCAUGCUGCCCCGCUCAAUUGCUUCCCUUUCCAUCUGCUGCUUCUUCCCAGUAGCAUCCUGCCAUUGUCCCCCGGUUUGCCAACCCUUGCAGGCUGGGCCGGGGUUAGUGAGCAGAGUCACUCUGCCAUCCACUCCUUUGGGUCUUUCUGUCUGUGGGAGUGUUGCUUUGCGUGUGCUUUGCAUGAUAGCAGCACCGCAGCGAUCGGGUUUGAGGCACACCGAGAGAGACCAAUGCAAAUGUGUGCCGCUGCGGAACGCCUUCAGCAGCUGCUGUCUAACGCAGGGAGCUGCUCCUCUGACUUUAUCUGCGUUAGCAUCCCUUGUUUUGGCUAUCAGACAGUGGAGCCCAGCAGACAGCAGCGUGACACCAAAGGGAGCCCCGCUCCCUGAUGCAGAGCCCUUUAAGGAGGAAGAGGAAGGAUGAAGAUGAGACGCCAUAAGCUCUUUCUGACUCUCUGCAUGGCUGGUCUCUGCCUCAUCUCCUUCUUGCACUUCCUGAAGGCCCUUUCCUAUGUCACCUUCCCCCGGGACCUGGCUUCACUUAGCCCCAACCUCGUCUCCAGCUUCUUCUGGAACAAUGCCCCCGUCACGCCACAGGUUAGCCCUGAGCCGGGGGGUGCAGAGUUCCUCCGCACACCCCUGUACUCUCACUCUCCCUUGCUCCAGCCCCUGCCACCCAGCAGAGCCAGCGAAGAGCUGCACAAAGUCGAGUUUGUGCUGCCGGAAGACACGACGGAAUAUUUUGUCCGAACCAAAGCCGGUGGCGUCUGCUUUAAACCGGGUACCAAGGUGUUGGAGAAGCCACCAGCGGGAGGGCGGCCAGAGGAGCGCGCGGAUGGUGCGGCCUCAGGGCGUCCCGCUCGCAAACCGCUGAGCGCCGGUGGGACCAAGCGGCGCAAGUGGGUGGAGUGUGUGUGCUUGCCGGGCUGGCACGGCCCCAGCUGUGGCGUUCCCACCGUGGUCCAAUACUCCAACCUGCCCACCAAGGACCGCCUGGUGCCACGGGAGAUCCCCCGGCGGGUCAUCAACGCUAUCAACAUAAACCAUGAGUUUGACCUGCUGGAUGUCCGCUUCCACGAGCUGGGAGAUGUGGUGGACGUCUUUGUGGUGUGCGAGUCGAACUUCACGGCCUACGGAGAGCCACGGCCCCUCAAGUUCCGCGAGAUGCUCCUCAACGGCUCCUAUGAGUACAUCCGCCACAAAGUGCUCUAUGUCUUCCUGGACCACUUCCCCGCUGGUGGGCGCCAGGAUGGCUGGAUCGCUGACGAUUACCUGCGCACCUUCCUCACCCGAGAUGGCGUGUCUCGCCUCCGCAACCUGCGCCCGGAUGAUGUCUUCAUCAUCGACGAUGCUGAUGAGAUCCCGGCUCGUGACGGCGUGCUCUUCCUCAAGCUCUACGAUGGCUGGACGGAACCCUUCGCCUUUCACAUGCGCAAGUCUCUCUAUGGCUUCUUCUGGAAGCAACCGGGCACCUUGGAGGUGGUCUCAGGCUGCACUAUGGGGAUGCUCCAGGCUGUCUAUGCUACUGAUGGGAUCCGUCUGCGGCGCCGUGAAUACUACACCAUGCCUGGCUUCCGGCAGUAUGAGAACAGCACGGGACACAUCCUGGUGCAGUGGUCGCUGGGCAGCCCCCUCCACUUUGCUGGCUGGCACUGCUCCUGGUGUUUCACCCCAGAGGGGAUCUACUUCAAACUGGUGUCGGCCCAGAAUGGGGACUUCCCCCGUUGGGGUGACUACGAGGAUAAACGAGACCUCAAUUAUAUCCGGGAGCUGAUCCGGACUGGUGGCUGGUUUGAUGGUACAACGCAGGAAUAUCCCCCUGCUGACCCCAAGGAGCACAUGUAUGCUCCCAAGUAUCUGCUCAAGAACUACCAGCAGUUCCACUACUUGCUGGAGAACCCGUACCGAAAAGCGGAGGGUGCUGGUUGAGAUCGCUGGACUCAUGUGGGAAAUCGGAACUUCACGACAAAGGGAAAGAGUCGGGUGUUUGUCUGUUCCUUUCUUUCUUGUUUUCUUUGAUUCCAGAUGGGGUGUGCCAUUUCUCCAUGUCUCUGUCCUCCCUCCCUUCUCUUCUUCCCAGGGUGAUGCCUGGGGACAAAUUCCUCAGACAAAUGAAGGGAGACCUGGGCAGGAGGAGGGGAGAGGUGUGGGCAGUAGCAUAAAGACCUCCCUGCGUCUUCUGGACCUUUCUGCUGGCUGGAGAGACGUGCUGCAUCCAGCUGGUGGGUUUUCCUCCUCAGGGGGCUGGGAGGGCUCCCUGAGGAGAGAGGGCAGCUGUUCCCCUCCACCUUCAUCUGUUGUGGAUCGGAGCAAGCACAGAUGUGAGCCUGAGCUGUUCAUUGAGUGUUUGAGUCAGCAGGCACAAAGUGAUGCGAGGGGUCACGUGUGCAGAUGUGUGUCACAGGCAUUUUUUGGAUGAGUGAAUGUGCAAAAGCAUCUCAGUAUGCGUUUUUUUUUAUACCUCUAUGUCAAAGUAUUUUGGGAAAGGCAAAUCCUUUGCUUCCAAGGUGUUCUCCCCUACACGCUGCCUCCUCCCACAAAUUUAGUAUAUCUGUCCGGGGCUGUCUCUUGGCCUGAUGCUUUACCAGAACUGAAGCAGGCAGGUGGAAAGCAGAGAAGAAAGCCAAUUUUUUUUAUUAUUGUUUUUUUUUUUUUUUUUUCUCUAUCUGUUUACUCCCUUUUCACCCUGCCCCCACAAUGCUGCACUGGCUUGCUCCACAGGGGCUGAAGCAUUUUCCCUGCAGCAUGUGCUUUGUUUGGGUCUUGGAUAAGCUGCAGGGGACUAAAUCAGAUGGUGGGAGUAUAUGUUUACAAGUGCAUGGUUUCCUAUGUGCAUGAGUGCUAACAUGCAUGGUUUUGGUAUGCACGUGGGUGUUUGUUACUGGUGUUGGGAGGGGAGGGGUCAAAGUUGGUCUUGGGUGGUGUGCGUGUUUUCAGGAAAUGGUGGCAUCCAUAAGCUGUGAUCUGUCUUGUCAUGGAUGACAUUUCGGGGAGAGCAUCAGCUCUUCAUAGCAGGGUGUGCCAUGUGGAGCUCUUACAUGCCUCUCUGGCUGCCUUUGCACCCUUUUGGGCUGUGCCUGCUGCAAGUAUUCUGUUUACAUGUGCUGGCUAUUUCUUCUUGCCAUGGGGGAAAUUAGAGGAGAAGGGCAAAGUUCUGAGUCACUGAUGGGUGUUGUGGGGAAACACAAAGCAUGUCAAGGCACAGGACCCACUGAGAACUUGUGGAGAAUGGAGCUGUGGGUAGAAUCCCUCUGGGGCAAGAGGACUUUUCUGGGACAAUCAUGCAAUCCACAGCCUGGACUGUGCAUAUGAGGCCGUGCAGAGUAGAGGAGAUGUAGGAUGAAAUUCCUUGCAGCUGGUGGGCCAGUGUCUAACGGAAGUGGCCACUGAUGGGUAGCGAAGAUUAGCCUGUUGCUGUAGUAGACUGGUUCAGCUCAUUGAGGAGGCAGAUUGGCAUCUCCACCCUCACCACCCUUCCUUAGCAGAUGGCUUGACAGGGUGCCCAGAGCCCACGCUGUGGUGGGAAGAGGGAGAAAAACACAAAUGUGUUCUGUUGGCCUUACAGUGGAAAUAUUGGCUCAUCUUCCAAACAAAUAAGUGAGGAUCAUGUGGAGGAGUAGAAUGUUGUCAUAACGAAGAGUGACCCUGCCAUCAGGCCAGCUGGAACAAGAGCGUUUCCAUUGACCUCAACUCACUCCAUCAGGGCUUCACAUUCCUGUGUCAUCCAUCCCAUUCUCUCCAUUGCGCUCCAUUCCUAUCUCUGUCUCUCUCUCUUCCUCUAUAUGCUUCUCUAGAGAAGUGAAAAGCAUCAGGAAAGAUAAUUUGGUUCCCUAAGAAGAAUUAAAUUUGAACAGAAAGAUGAUCGUUUUGCUGAUCAAACUGAGUUGGAGUUCAUCUUAGUUCCUUCCCCCCAUCUCAAGUGCCACAAUGCCUGCUUGGAAGAACUGAGGGAUCCCCUCUUUUCUCGUUUUGUUUUGUUUGUUUUUGUGUUCUUUUACAUAUAUAUGUGUAUGCUGCUGUUUUCCUUUGUGAUGUGUCUCCCAAAAAGAGGAAAGUCCCUUUGAGAACUGAGCAGGAGAAGGCUUGGUGGGUGGAAUGCUCUCCCUUCAAAGAGAAGCUGUGGCUGUGCUGAGCUCAGUCUUGUUGAUGCAGGAGGGAAUUUUGCCACGGUGACAGGGAAGUCUUAGGCAGGGGGAGACUGUAGAGAAAUCAGGGCUCAGAUGAGAAAGGAGGAGUCACUUUUAGCAAGAUUAGAGCGAUAGUACUGAGACUGCUGCAUGAGAGCUUUCCCCAGGGAUAGCCAGAGGAGAGCCCAGUGUAUUGACACAAGGGAUUUCGUAGCAGUAACUUGAAAAGUGAAAAGGGAAGAAGCUAUUCCUUAUUUUCAAUCUAGGACUUACGUUCAGGCAUCACCUUACCCUGGUGAUAGCAAUACAAACCUCAGGUCAGGCAUUCCUGAAGACGAGAGAGAAGUCAGUCUUUGUAUGGGUGCUUUGGGAGCAGCAGAGCCCCACAAAAAACAGACUAAAGCACACGCAUGCUGAGGCUGCACCACCCAAACUGCAGUGGCAGCUGCCUCUCCCAUCCUACCAGCCCUUCCCAUACAUGGGCUCCCGUGGGGAUUUUUAGUGCACUGCAAGUUGUGUGUUCAUCACUGGGGUAUGGUUUUCGUCUCAGGAGAUUCAGAUAAGCUGUAACUGCAGUUAUCAGCAUCUCCUAUUCCCAAAGUUCAGCCUGUUCCCUUCCCUCCCCUCUCUUCCACUAUUUGCUCAAUUGUUCCCCUCCUCUCUCUUCUGAGAAGGUCCCACUGGAACAGGCAAGAGCAGCAGUGGGGCUCUUCUGCAUGACUCUGGCCCUGUCCACCUCCUGGAUGUCUCCAUUUCCUUAUUCUUAGGAAAUCAAAUUUAAAACAGGCUUCUGUUAUGGAUGGAGGAAGGGACUUCACAGCUGAAAUGCAUUUUUUCAUUUUCUUUCUCAAGAAUCAUCCAGUGUUUUGAUUUAAGGCCAAACCAGUUAAUGUUCCUGUUGUUUCUGUAAGCCCUGUGUUUAUUAUCCUUAGGGAGUUGGAGUGCUUGUCAUUAAAAGUCUUCCAUCGCCUCCCUUGAGAGAUGGAGACAAGCACGAUGACUUCUGCACAGCGAUUUCCCAAGGUGGUGGCUUGCCCUCAGCCAUCCCUGUCUGAGCCAGACAAUGAAGUUUGGAAAGGGAUAAACAGAAAACCAAAUCCCAUUCUGCCCCAGGACUGGUUAUUGCAGCAAAGCCAUGAGCCCACUGUCUUUCUGGAGCCAACGUUGUCCGUGGUUCACCAACCUUUCCCCGCAGCUGUGUGCUUUUUCUUCCCCAGAACCUUUCCACCUUCAGAUUAAUUGUGUUAUCUGUAAUUGGUGCAUCCCUAUACUUUGCCCUUCUUUCUGCCCAACUCUGCUUGACUUCCUUUGUGCCCUUGCGUGGCUUUGAGGUGGGGAGCUUCUUUUCCUCCUUCCUCCCAGGUGAAGGAGAGGAUGUGGGCUAGUGCCUCUGUCCCUCCAGAGGAACAAUGGCAGUGAUGUGGUGCAGUACCCAGCAAGGGAUGGGAUGGGGUUGUGCCUGCAUGAAGGACAACACACUCAACAAUCUGCUCUCACUGUUGCUUUCUCUGAUCCCUGUGUUCUGCUGAGGUGUUUGCUGUUGUGCAGCCUGUUCUUUGUGCCUCUGUGCUGGAUAAGGGAAGGGGACCUUGUGGCCUCCAGGUAACUUAUGAAUCAGGGUGGGGGCAGGGUCAGUGCAGAACGGGUAUUUGUUCCCCUGGUGCCUCUUGGUGUGUCCUUAUGGGGUGGCAGUGUCUCUUCUUGUCCCGCUGCUCCUGCCAGCACUACGUGGCUGCUAUGCCUCUGCACUGUGAAGACGUGUCGGGAGUCGCUCCUGGUCCUGUUAGCGAACACUGGUGGUGAAGAGGGAAGGGAUGGCUCAUCCUGGCCUCACUGACCUCAAGCCUUGGUGAGAAGGGAGAGAAGUAUGGUAGAAUGGAUCCCAAAUCCCUCUAUUGCUGCGUUUCCCCUAUCCACCAAAAAAUCUUCUGAUUUCUGAGACAUUGGACGAAUCUGCUCCUAUUGAAAAAGAGGGGGAGCUGGAGAUGUCAGGAGUGGCUCAAAUCCAGCACCAAGGAGAGCUGUUUCUGAUGCUAUAUACCAACAUCUAAAACAUUGGGGACUAUAGACAAUGGCUUAAAAAGGGAUCUGAAAUGCUCUGAAACUAAGAAUCAAAGCCACUGUUGUUUUUUUUUCCUUCCUGUGAGGAUGGUGAUGCAGAAUUGUCCUGGAGGAAGCCCAGCAGCACUGCUGACGUUGGGUUCCACCUGGACCUGCUGGUGGUGAUGCCAGGACACUGUAUUGGCAAAAGAAUGCGUGGACUUACCAAAAACAAUUUAAAAAAAAAAAGAAUCUGCAAAGCUCCUUUCCACUCUGUAAUUUAUAAACAGCAAGUAAUAAUGAACUUUUUGUAAGGAUAAAUCAAAUGUACAUUCUGAAAUCAUUUUCUCUGUAAAUGGUUGGAUUUCAUUUCACCCUUAAAGGGAUGCUUAAAAGGAGGAAAUAAUAAAAAUAAUAAUAAUUAAAAAAAAUUACAAGGUCUGAAAGGAAACCAAGGCAUGUGUGUGGUAGCUUUUAUUUCUGAGCACGGGAGGUUGCUGCUUCCCACUUCAGUGGGACUGAGGUUCAUAGGAAGGAGGUUGAGGGGCAGCCCCAGUGCUUUGAGGGAUGACUCCUGUGCCCAUAGCAACCCUAUUCUGUGUGUUGGGUGAGUACAAGGACGUGUGGGGAUGUAACUGGGGAGCACAGCAUCACCACUCACAAAAUGGUCACAUGCCACCAUGCCCUGUCCCUUCAUGUCCUCACUUUCAAAUGAAGCCAUGGAAAACCUGGAGCCCCAGCUGAAACCUUUCCACUACAAAAAUGUCUCUCUCAUGACUGAUUUUCUGUGCAGUGUGUGAGAGAGCAUGACCUCCUUGGCUUAUUUUUAAAGUCAUCUAAGGUAAUUUUGGCUGUUCCCAUUACUCCCUAUCAAAGCCUGGUCCUGCCCUGAAUCCUCCUGAGCAUCUGCUCUCAGCAUUGGCUUUGGCAAGGGACCUUCAGGAGCUCCUGUGGAAUCUGCAACUAUUUCAUUUUUUAGUGUUUUUAAGUGCCUUGUGCUUUGAAUUUGUUCCUGGUCUCAAUGAGAGACAACAAAAGACAAAACUAGACAUUAUUGGCUAGUUUCCUUAGACUCUUAGAUUGAAUCACAGAAUCACUGAGGUUGGAAAAGACCUCUAAGAUCACAAAGUCCAACCGUGAGCCCAUCUCUACCAUGCCUACCAACUGUGUCACGUCCACACGGUUCUGGAAAUGACUCCACCACCUCCUUAUCAGCCUGUGUCACUGCAGCAUCACUCUUUUGAAUAAGUUGUUUUUCCUAACACCCAACCUGCACCUCCCCUGGUGCACCUUGGGGCCAUUCCCUCUCAUCCUAUCACUGUUACAUAGGAGAAGAGGCCAAUUCCACUUCCCUACAACUUCCAUUCAGGUUGUUGUAGGGAUUGAGAUCCAUUUUCUCCUUCAUUUCUUCUACAGUCCUCUGGUGCUUUUAUUUUCCCCCUUGUGAGAGGCUUUCCAUCAAACUGGAAUUUCAUCAUCCAUCACUGAUGCCUUACUGUUGCUUCUGUCCUUCUUUCUGGAGCAAAGAGCCUGGAAUGAACACACACUCAAAAUUAACAGAUAACAUUUUAUAUGAAGAAUUUUUAGCUUCCUACUGGUUGCUGUAUUUUUGCACCCUAAUAGGGAGUAUUCUAAAAAUAGGCAAUCACCAAAAAGUCUCUGAACUUGCAGGUUUUCAAAAAGGGAAGACAAGUCUGAAUGCUUGGGCCCAUGGCAACUUAGCAAGACAGUUUAAGAAAUGAGAGUUGAUUUGGUCAAAGGUUCUCACUUGGAUUCUUCUUGCCUCUAGUACAAAAUCUUUUCCUGACAUUUAUAUUAAGAAGCAAUAUAAAUGGUAUUUCUUGAUGUCUUACAACAUUUUAUGAAAAGACAUUGACAAACACCAAGACCUUUCCCCCGAGAAAG